CACCAUACUCCGGUCCAUAUCUCAUCCAAAGUAAAAUUAGUGACCAAAAUUAUAUUUUACAAUUUUCUAAAUCUGUGACUGAUGUAAAAGUUGUACAUCAUGACAAAUUGAAACCUUACAAGGGUACUUGUCCCCCAAAAUGGAUUUCCAAAUAAAAGAAAUUCAAUGCAGAUAAAUUCUGCCAGUUUUUCUGCCAGAAACAGAAACUAUUAUUUGCAUGCUGUUUAAGCUCAUUAAUAACAAUGAUUGUCAUGGUAAAAAGAUUAAAAAUAAUUGUAUUACAAUAUUAUAACAUGUAUUAAAACAAAAUUUUGUGUAUUUUCAGAAUGUCUUACAUCAACAAUAGAGGCAGGAUAUUUGAAUGCCAACAUUGCCUUCCAAAAUAUCAAGGCGAAAAAUCUAAAGUUUUUGAUCAUUUUUACAAAAAACACGUCGCUUUGGACAAAGUUCCAUUUUAUUGUGCAAUUUGCAAAUUUGUGUGUGCAUCCGAAGUGGAUUUAUAUCGUCAUGUUAAAAAAUGUAACUUUCCUCCACAUGAGGCAACUGUAAAUGCCAUGUUGGCUAAUAAUGAAAACGUAAAUGAAAAUGCUUCAUUAAUCAAAAAUGUCAAUCCAUAUGUUCCAACUUCCUUGGACAUUGUUCGCUUUUCAAAAGAAGAUUCGUGUUUGAUUUUUAACAGUCGUCGUAAGUCUUCAGACAUUUUGAAAUCUGCAAUGGAAUCGUCAGGCUUAAAAACGAAUUCCAUUCACAGUACCCCUACUGUUGACAUUUUGCCCGAGAUGUUAGGUGAACACGAUUUGUCACCUUUUGACUUUCCAGAGUCACCAUUACAUUCUUCCAAUAAAAGAAUUUUGUGUCCUACGAAAUCUCCAUGGAGUGUAUCUUCCAUGUCUUCGUCUUCUUCAUCGUCGACGUCAACUUGUGACACUUGUAUAAAUGAUCUCAAAUCUGAGAUUCUUGAACUGAAAUCAGCGGUUCAUACGAUGGGCUUAGCGCUGGGCCAAUUAGUUGAUGAACUCCGUGAGUUCAAAGCGGAGAAAAGGGCUGUUGUUCCAGCUUUUGUUGUUCCUCCCAUUCAAAAUAGAAAGGAGAAUGAACCAGUCAUUGUUCGAAGGCCAACAAUCACUGAAAGGUGUCAUUACCAGCCAUCUCCUGCGAGUUCACGUGGUCGAGGGUAUCAUCCUUACCGGCAACAAAUGCGGAGGCCACCACUGUUCCCGCCAAAGCCAGUGAAUACCCACAUAAGAUUUUGAUACAACGUGUUUUGCACAGCAAUUAUUUUGCACUGGUUUCCUGAAAAACAUAAUAAGCUAACCAUAAGUAACUUCUUUGUCAUUUAAAAAAAAUCAUAAAUUUAUACUAAUUUUCAUUGUAACAUGCAUAUGGAAAUAAUGUCUUAAAUCCGAAUAUGCAAAUGCAUCCAAAAUUACUAACUUAGUGGUUGGCUACAUUUAGAAACAGAUUCAAGAAAUAACUAGAAUCUUGCCAUAGAAACAAUUAACGCACUUUAACAUUAAAUACUAAUGAAUUGUUAACAUACCGAGUUUUGGUAUCUCUCCUUCCAUUACAUGUAAAUAAUAUAGAAACAAGAGUUCCGCGGUCGGAGAUGACCGCAUUGAAGCCGGAUUUUUGAUUUAAAUGACAGGAAAGUACCUUUCGUGUUUUUGUCAAUGCAAUACUUAAAUUACUGAAAUAUUGUUCAAAGGUCAAAAUGAAAUGUAAGUACUUUUCAAGGCAUGAGCAAACCUUGUGUUAUGUUUUGAAUGCAUGCAUAUACAUGAACAACAAUAACAUUUAAGGUCACAAAUAUGAACUUGAAUUGACAAUUAGGAAAGUUUGAUCUCAAUUUUUUUAUUAGCAAAUUAGUAACAUAUUGUUUGAAGUUUCCAUUAAUUUCAUUAUCAAAUGUAAGAAAAUAAACUUAGAUGAAAUAAUACUAUUUAUUGUUUUGCUUUCACAUACCUACACAGAAAUCCAGACAGCCUUAUGAUCACUCCAAAAGGUUUCUAUCACACCAGUUCUAGCAGAUAGAUUGGACACAUAAAUAUGAUCCAAGCUUGAAUGAUAGUCUGUGGUUUCACUUGGCGGGGUAGCCUUCAGUCCACUCAAAGACAUGAACUUCUGAAGUUUUACAAGGUCAGAGCUUGGUUUUAACUGAUCGACGUUGAAGUCACCAAUUGAUAUCAGUGUCUUUUCACCUAAAGGCAGCUGGUUUACAAGGUUGAAGAAACCUGUGAGCGGUGUAUUUGGUCUGCGAUAAACUGCCAGUACUUCAAAGGAUUCUGUUGGAGAGCUCAAGUUAAGAUGAACAGCUUGGCCAUUUUUAUCAUGCACAUUUGUUAGACUGUGGAUCUCAAUAUGUGAUUUCAAGUAGAUAAAGAUGCCAUCAUGUGGUCUUCUGUCCUUUGUCUCUUGAGUAAAACAUUGCAUUGGCAUAUCAAAACCUUCCAACUUGUAGUAAUCUGCACUGUCUGAUCGCAAAGCCCAAGUUUCUUGCAUGAUAAGAAUAUCUGCUGCCAACAGACUUGAAUGUGAUCUUACACUGGUGAUAUGCUUGUGCAAGGACCUUGUGUUCAAGCAAAUGACUUUGUUUGAUGCACUACUUGGAUCCUCUGGUAGGGUAGUAAUCAAGCUGUGUUGCCGCAACCGUUCCAUUUCUUGAACUACAAGUUUGUCAACUGUGAUCUUCUUGCUGUCAAGAUCUAGCAAAUGGAGGCCUGAGAAACUUUAACAUUUUUACAUUCAAGGUCACAGUGACCUUGACCUUCAAAUGAAUGACCUUGAAAUGUCCAGUGGUUACUUACUAGUUCUGGCCAACCUUCAUGUCAAGUUUCAAGACUCUAGGUCCAAGCAUACCAAAGUUAUAACAACUUUAACAUUUUUACAUUCAAGGUCACAGUGACCUUGACCUUCAAAUGAAUGACCUUGAAAUGUCCAGUGGUUACUUACUAGUUCUGGCCAACCUUCAUGUCAAGUUUCAAGACUCUA